AUGGCGGCAUUCUUCAACAACCAAUCUUUCUUCUUCCUCCUCCUUACUACUCUCUCUCUCCUCCCUCUCUUUCCCGCCGACCACCACCACCGUCAUCGCCACCAUGACCAACCUCAUGUUAUCCCACCUCCUCCACCACCCACACUCCCUCCACCGCCACCCGCACCUACACAACCACCUCCUCCGGCGGCGGAUGGCCGAAAUGACCGUCACUUACAGCCGAUAACAGAAAAACUCAAUCAACUGCCAAAAAAGCCGUUGGGAAAUUGGGUUCUCCUGCAACGCAGUAUAGGUAUUUCCGCCAUGCACAUGCAGCUUCUACACAAUAACAAAGUCGUUAUAUUUGAUCGGACGGACUUUGGAGCGUCAAACCUCAGUCUCCCGUUUGGAGAAACGUGCCGGCUUAACGACGAACUCCUCCGGCCAGAUUGCACCGCCCAUUCCAUCCUCUACGACGUACCUUCCAACACUUUCCGACCACUUUACGUCCAAACCAACGUCUGGUGCUCUUCCGGCACCGUCGAUCCCACCGGAACCCUCGUCCAAACCGGCGGCUACCACGCCGGCGAUCACAGAAUACGUUUAUUCACUCCAUGCAAUGACCAAUCUUGUGAUUGGAUUGAGUUAGCAAGAAACUUAACUGUUCAACGUUGGUAUGCUUCCAACCACAUUCUUCCCGACGGCAACAUUAUAAUAGUCGGUGGCCGGAGAGCUUUCAGCUAUGAGUUCUACCCACGAAACCCAAUUGGUUCUUCCUCUUUAAACUUGUUUAAUCUCACUUUCUUGAUGGAAACAAGUGAUUAUCAAGAGGAAAACAAUCUUUAUCCGUUUCUACACAUCUUGCCGGACGGAAAUCUGUUCAUCUUCGCGAAUCAACGUUCGAUAUUAUUGGAUUACGUUCACGGUCGAGUUGUUCGUGAGUUUCCUCCGAUUCCCGGAGAAAAACGAUCGUACCCAUCAACUGGUUCAUCGGUUUUACUUCCGAUUAACCUUCACGAAAACGUGCAAUCGCCGCCGGUGGAGGUUAUGAUCUGCGGCGGUGCGAGAGCUGGCUCGUUUUCCAUGGCGGAGCGAGGUUUGUUCAUGGCGGCUUCUAGAACCUGCGGCCGUAUGAACCUUAAUUCUCUUCAGCCAUAUUGGAUCACCGAGAAGAUGCCACUUCGCCGGAUAAUGCCGGAUAUGAUUCUUUUACCGACCGGCGAUGUUCUGAUCAUUAACGGAGCAGCGAGAGGGACGGCCGGUUGGGAGAAUGCGAUUGAACCGGCUUUGCAUCCUGUUCUUUACGAACCGAGAAAGAGGUUAUUCACUGUGCUCAACCCCACCACAAGACCCAGGAUGUACCACUCAGCAGCUGUAUUACUGCCAGAUGGCAGAAUAUUAGUGGGUGGAAGUAAUCCACACGUGUCAUACCAAUUCAGCGGAGUGAAUUACCCAACUGAUCUGAGUUUGGAAUCGUUUUCACCGCCGUACAUGGACGAUAGAUUCGCUUAUUAUAGGCCGUCAAUCUUGUCCGUUGAAUACGGGAUUGAUGAAAGCGUAAUCUACGGUCAGUAUUUUAAUAUAACGUUGACUAUGACUUUGAGUGGUUUGGAUCGUAGGCUCAUCGUAACCAUGGUUGCACCCUCGUUUACGACUCACUCCUUCGCAAUGAAUCAACGGGUGUUAUUUUUGCAUAUUGUUUCAGUGGAACACUUAUCGGUGUUUGGGUAUAAAGUUACGGUACGUGCGCCUGCAUCACCUAAUGUUGCACCACCGGGGUAUUAUAUGCUGUUUGUAAUACACGAUGGGAUACCAGGUCAAUCCGUUUGGGUCAAAUUGUAUUGA